AUGCAGGUCGGCGUCAUCACCCCCUGGGUCAUCACCGCCUGGAUCAUCACCGCUUGGGUCAUCACUGGCAGUAUCAUCAGUUCAUCAUGGGAUGCCAUACACCUGUACUGGGACGCCAUACGCCCGUACUUGGAAGCCAUACGCCAGUACUGGGAAGCCAUACGCCAGUACUGGGAAGCCAUACGCCAGUACUGGGAAGCCAUACGCCAGUACUGGGAAGCCAUACGCCAGUACUGGGAAGCCAUACGCCAGUACUGGGAAGCCAUACGCCAGUACUGGGAAGCCAUACGCCAGUACUGGGAAGCCAUACGCCAGUACUGGGAAGCCAUACGCCAGUACUGGGAAGUAGUAGUAGGGAGUACAGCUUAA